GCCCCUGAGAGACGCACUGAUUCAUUUCUGGUAGCUAGAGAUCGCGAAGAAGAAAUCGUAUACAGACAUCCUGAGAAGUUGUUUAUUAAAGAUAAAAUUACACCUAUGAUGGUAGUAAAUCACAAAAAACAAAUGCCCUUAAUUCGCUAUGGUUCUUUGACUCAAGAAAAAAGGAAUACUUAUCAGCAAACCAAACGAGUAAGUUUCGAAGAGCAUUUGAACAAGUUGAAACUAGAACAGGUCAAUAUUGUUAGCGACAAAGAUGUAAAUCGCAAUCGCAAAGAAAACAUAAAAGAAAUAAAACCCCAUAUCCCCUCAAAUGUCGCAAAAUGGCCGAAAUAUCCGUCGAAUGGUGCACCUCGCCCACCAAUUAGAACGACCAGUAUAGGCAGUGGAGCAAGAUGUACUUUAAAUAACCCACAGAAUAGUGCUAUUGUUAGAGGGCAAUCGUUGUGCUCUGAAUCAGAAAGUGGAUCAGAAGCUGGAGAAAUACAAAGAAUUCUACUAAACAAGACUCAAAAAGAAGAUGAUUGGCCCCCAGAUGGAUCGAGAAUUGAUGGUGGUUUGUCGGACGGCGAGGCCAACCGGGGCUCUACCAGAGGUAGGAGUUCGCGUCGUGACGACCCCAGAAGACACACGCUUGCUGGCAAUCACCUGUUCAUCCAGCAGGCACAUCCUGGACAUAACAGCACGCUUGAUUUGGAACAUAGCACACCCGCACAGAAAAUAAUGAAUGUUCCCGAAUAUGCUAUUGUGGCCAAGUAUCGAGAUCACAGGAGGAACAAUUAUGUAGAUCCUCGCAUGAGAAAGCCUCCUCUGCCACGAAGUUACCCGCCUCCCAAUGGGCUACUCUUCGACGAUGAUCCCGGCAUCAUGUCUGAAGUGGAGACAGCAUCCACGGGCUUUAGGCGAGGUGGCAAGCAAAGGUCUUCGCUGCCCGUCGUCAGGACUCCUAGCAAGACAUUGGAGCGACCAUUGGGAUUAGUGUUCCUACAAUAUAGAAAUGAAACGAAAAGGGCUCUGCUACCGAAUGAGAUCACAUCAAUAGAUACUGUCAAAGCCCUAUUCGUAAGAAGUUUCCCGAAACAACUUACAAUGCAGUAUAUGGACAGCCCAAUGGUUAAGAUAUAUAUCCAUGAUUCAUCAAAGGAUAUGUUUUAUGAACUUGAGGAUGACAGGGCUCAUCUUCGGGACAUUAGGGAUAGGAGUGUAUUGCGAUUAUUCGAAGCAACGGACAUCGGUGGCGGGGCUUUCCCCGGUACCGUUGGCGUUGGCACUCUGGCCAUGCCAGCAGGUGCUGCCACCUGCUCUGGACCCUCCAGUUGGGAUCAGGAUCAGAGCUACUUCAGCGAGCCCGAGAUAGACUCUGAGUACCAUCACCAACACGUACACAAGUCUAAGGUGAAAGCCCCGGCAUAUUACAUCGGAAACCAGGCACCCAGCACUUUACCUCGCGGGGGGUCCAUGUUACGAGCCUUUUCUCCCGCCGCCCCACCGGUGCCCGCCGACCGUGCAAAGACCCUACCUGGGUCAGGGCAUGCCAGUGAAGGCUACAUGUCUUCACCUGAACGUGCUGCUGCCAGGGCGCCAUAUGAAGAACCAUAUUACACCCAAUUUCUGGGUCCUACUCCAGGAAGGUCAACCAUCACUCCAGUCAUUGAUGAAGAAGCAAGCGACGGUAUGAUCAUUGAUGAUGCCUACCAGAUGUACAGUAUUAAUGCCAUAACUUCCGCACCCAGACCUAUGCCGCGACCUCCCUACGACGCCAGGCUAAAUACUCAGGUGGAUGAUAUCCAGCGGUUGCGUGUAGAGAAGAUGGAGCGACAAUUGGCCAACCUGACGGGCCUUGUACAGAAGGCCUUGCAGGUUCCUGGCCCCUCCGCCGCGCCAGCUGUUGCGCCACGUCAGGAGUUCAAUACUUUCCCCACCCGCCCUAACAAUCAGGAGAAGUCAGUGUCCUUUGAGAAAUCGGUAUCAUUUAGCGAUGAUCCACCUGACAUGAACUCCCCCAAACAACACUCGCCUCAGCACUCAGCUGAUACAAAACCAACAAAACCGGCAAUCAAAUCAUCGACAUUGCCACGGACUUCGUCGCAAGAACGCGAUCGACAUAAGCCGGCACCACCACCCAAGCCCGCUGGCCUUGUCGGUCAACAGCUGGCGUUGGUACCUCAGCGAACUUACACUAUCAACGUGACACCAGACUUCUUCAAUCAGCUGCGAAUUUUACAGAAACAAAGCCGCGAUUUACGAAUUGAAACACGUAACUUGCGUCGAUCGACUCUGGCGCAGGCCAUUCAAAUGCGCCAGAUGAUGGCAGAGACCAUUGUGCAAAUAGGCGCCAUCGCAGCAAGCUUCUGUGAACAGGAUCCUGAUUCGCAACUUACAAGAGAAGAAGAGAUCUACCGUCAGGACAUGCUGCUGCUCGAAAACGAUUUGUAUGAACUAGAAGCUACCGUCGAACGCCUUCGUGGUCAAGCGGCCAACAGGGAGACUCGAGUGAAUAUGUCCGAUAUCGAGCGAAUUGCUAUGGUGCUCUCGAAGAGCAGCAAGACAGUUGCCGAUUGGAAACUCAAGUUCCCUAUCCUUCAAGAGACUAUGAAGGUCAAACUGGCAGCAGAAAUGGAAAAGGUGGUGCGUAAAGAAAAGAUGCUGGAAGAGGAACCCGAACGACUUGAAUUGGCUUUACGUCGCUGUAAGAAACUAACAGGCACUUUAGUCACUCUUAAAAGACUGGCUUGCGUACAAGAGCAACGUUUGCCUUUAUCCGACGGACGUAUCUCACCGGGUUCUUCACAAUCGUCAACAUUUACUGCAGGGCCUUCAUCUGAUGAAUUUGCUUCUGACAGUACAUGUCAUCUACCACCAGCACAUAACAAGAUUACCUUAGCGGUAAUUGUACAAAUUACUCUAGUAUCAAGCAAGGCAUUGUUACCAAGCAAUCGACAAGAAGAGCAACAGUUGAAACAGAAUGAUCAAAAUCCCACCACAGCACAAAGACGAGAUGGCUACGACUAUCCAGCACCACCUAGCGACCUAGUUAAUCCUUUCCAAGACCAUGACGACCUUCACUCUCAUGGAAAUCAUCAUGAGGUUGUUGAUCACAAUGAACAUCAUGAUGUUCAUAUAGAUGAGCACCAUGUCGAGGAACAUCAUGAUCACCAUGAACAUCAUGAUCAUCACGAACAUCAUGAUCAUCACGAUCCAGGCUAUUGGAAGAAGAAACUCAUUUGGAAACCGGGAUGGAAGAAAAUUUGGAAGCCAGCGAAAAAACAAAUCUGGAAGCCAUCUUGGAAAAAAAUCUGGAAACCAAUAUGGGUACCAACAAAAAUUCCAGUAUGGAAAGAAAUCAAAGUGCCCGAUUGGAAAAAGAUUCACAAGCCAGAAUGGAAGCCCAUUAAAGUCCCAGCCUGGAAGGAAAUAAAAGUGCCAGAUUGGAAAAAGAUCACAGUUCCCGUUUAUAAAGACAUUGUUGUGCCGGGAUGGAAAGAUAUUAAGGUACCAGCUUGGAAAAAACAUUGGGUCCCUGAAUGGGUUAAGGAAGGAGUUCCUGGCGAAAAAUAUUUAGGUAAAGAUCACGAUGGCUGGGAAUAUACUUCUCAUGACUUAUGGCGAAAGAAGUUGGUUUGGAAACCUGUAUGGAAGAAAUACUGGAAGCCUGCCAAAAAGCAAAUAUGGAUUCCAGACAAGAAACUUGUCUGGAAGGAUGAGUGGAAACAGAUUUGGAAAACCGAAAAGAAACAAAUUUGGAUUGAUGAUAAGAAAUUAGUAUGGAAAGAAGCUUGGCAACAAAUUUGGAAACCGUCCAAAAAGUUAAUAUGGGUACCAGAUAAGAAAUUAGAGUGGAAAGAAGCUUGGAAGCAAAUUUGGGUGCCAGAUUGGAAAGAGAUUUGGGUGCCAGGCGUGAAAAAGAUUUGGAGACCAGUAUGGAUUUCAGAAUGGUUCCCGUCACCAGAUCACCAUGAACAUGUACACGAAUCCCACGGCUGGGAUCGAAGUGACAAUAAUUUAUCAGCGAGUCAAAAGACUGAGGUAGUUAAACCAGCACCACAGCAGACUGCACCUAAGCAAUCUGAACAAUCGACAUGGCAAUUUCCAAAAUAAUCUGCUAUAAAUUAAUAAGCUUUAAAUUAAAUUAUCAGUAAUAUGUUAAUCUGACGAAGUUCAGAGAAUAUAUUGGAAUUCGCUCAGAUAUAUCGGAGAUAUGCCAUAUAAAAAUAAGACUGCGAUGAUGCUGCAGAACUUUCAUCAUUCAAGAUGAGGAGACAUUCGCAUGAUGGCAGACGAUGUAGGUAAUUUAAAUUCCCUAAAAUUUAAAAUAUAAUAUGCAAUGCGAACACAGUGCUCUGCCUAUGCGAUUGUUUCUUGAUUUACAACGAUGAUAAUGUUUGCUGUGAAAACUCAGUCAUAAAAAUGUCUUUACAAACAAAGAUAUUUCAAUGUUCGUUAUUAGGGAAAGCUUUUAAGUGAGUGUGUAAAUAUUGAGACUAUGCUGAUACCAGUCUGAAUUAAACAUACAAUUAAUUAAUAGAAUCUUGUUGUGGUAAGGGUUUCAGUCUGGAUCGACUGACGCUUUGUUUUGUUAUUGUUUAUUAUUAUUUGUUAUACUAUAAGCUUUACUUCUAGUUAUAAUGCGGUACCAAUGAAAUGAAAUAAAAUAUGACUGUUGUGUUAAUGU